GUGGGGCGGGGCGGAGCCGGGCUGGGGGGGGCGCCGCCGCCGCCGCAGGGGCUGGAGCGUUGUCACCGGGCGUGGCCCCGCCCGCCUCCGCCCCGCGCGGGGAGGGCGGUGUCAGGCGCCGGGGCGCGCAGGCGCAGUGCUGGCGGAGGCUGAGGGGGGCGGCGGGGCGCAGGGUAGCGGGGCGCGUGCGGGAAGACCCGGUGCCGGUCCCGGAAGAAGGGGGCUGCUUCCGGCCAGGGCGCGCGCCGAGCGUGGCGGGGGCGGUGCCGUUGUGUGUGCGGCCGCGGCGGGUGACGGGCGGGGGGGGACCGGAGGUGCCCCCGCUCUCCGGCGCGCGCUUCGUGCCCGCUCCUGCCCCGGGGGAGUCAUCCCGGUGCGGGGUCGUGUCCCGCUCGUCCCACAGCACCUGCUUUCUUUCACUGCUUCUCCUCCUUUGUCUCGGCCGAAACCCUGAAGGGAGGCAGUGAGAAAACAUCGUAGCCCGAUGUCUGUCCCUCCUGCCUGCCAGCUAAUCCUCGAUCUGGAGAAUAGGCGAGGCGUGUCCUGCCGUGGUGUUGUGACAGCUAUUUCUACAAAUGCUUUAAUGGAGCAGUUGUGUUUAAAAUACCAACAAAGGCCAUGGACUGAAACGCUGAGACUUGUUUAUUUUUGCAUGGAUAACCCACUGCGAAGGCCUGUCAGCCAUGCUCCAGACAGUCCAUUGCUUUCUUGCAUGGAGAAGAUAGAGAGGACAUUACAUGCUAAAUCCAUGUUUUCUGUGAUGAAUGCAUUGGAAUCUUUAUCCAGACAAAAAGGACUUAAUGUUCAUGUUAGUCCCAGUGGGACUGCCUGCUACAUAACAUCAAUGAUGUUUUAUUUAGAAGUUCAGCUGGAGAAGGAUGGAAAUCUGAUGGAUGUAAAGUUGGCUCACUUUGGAGAAGCUCCUGUGGUUUGUGAUGACUUGGUGCAGCUUCUAAGGAUGAAGAACUAUGAUGCCUUUGGAAGGAUUUUAGAAGACCUGUCAAAUAUGUAUCAAAUUCCAGGAAACAGUGAAAUGAAAGCUAAGGGAUAUCUUGCUUUGCAGGCCCUUGAAAAAGACCUUUACUCAAUGUCUCUUCUGGACAGAACACAGGAUGUAAACAGAGUUACUGAAAUACUUCAUGGAAAAGUAGGACACCUGGUGCCAAGAACCGGAGGAACUCCUAUGAACAUUGAAUUUUACAUUUCUCCCUAUCAAAUUUUGGAAGCAGAACUAAAUCCUGGUUCCCAGGUUUGUGGAACAAAAACAGUUGUAACUAUUGAAGGCACUGAUAUGCUCCACAAACUUCCUCUUUCUCCACUGAUUGUAGACCCUCAAUCUGGAGAGGACAGCAACCCUGCUUUUUUGCAGCUGACUGAUGAACUCAGCAUGGAUUUGCCAGCUCUUUUUGUGCUGAAGUUUCAUCAGCCUGUUCCUAUGUCCUCAUCCAGUAUUGAAGAUAUACACAGGCUCACAGGAAUUCAGAUUUCUGGCUUGAAACUAGCUCCGCUGUAUGAGCUAAUUGUUUGGUCUGCUCUAAAAGACAAAUGCAGUGAAGAGUUGUCUACAAAUGAAUCUUGUUUCUUUGUGUCUCUUCCAGAUUGCCCAAAGCACUGUUACUUCAUAAACAAAGGCUCAGAAAAAUCAGAUUUAGCAGGAGCCUUGGUCAGUAAAAUCCCAUUUAGCCAUCCAAAGUGUGUGCCUGGUGUAAUAGAGAUUCUUCGACAUCAAGUGGCAUAUAACACUCUUAUUAGCAGCUGUGUCUCUGACAAGCAUAUAAAUGAAGAUGAUUCAGAACUGCUUUACUUUGAAGUGGUACCACACAGGAACACCAGCUUUUGUGUCUUUUUCCUUCAUCCUGUGAAAGAGAAUUUAGCCUGUGUGAUGAUUGAUGUUAUAACCUCCAGAGAAGUCCACUGUCACCUUCAGUUAAAUCCUCAAGAUCCAGCUCUAAGUUGUAGUGAUGAUUUCAUAGCAAGAGCUGUGAAGAGCUGCAUGUCAGUCCCAGUUGUCAUGAGAGCUAUUUUCAGGAAUGCUGCCAAGGUGAAAGCUGAUAGCAAAACACAAGAUAUGGAUGUAGACACAAAACAACCACAUGAACCGCCAUCUGAGCAAAUUACAGAUUCUGACAGUCUCAAAGAAAGCCCUUCUGUGGCUGGUCAGCAUGAUUUGGUAGUGACAAAUAAGCCAAGUAUUACAGACAGCACAGAAGAAAAUCUCUCCACAGCCAAACUGGAAACUCUGGGUGAUAACAUGGAAAAAAGUUAGCUCUCAUCGAGAACAGAAACUUUGUGCAGAGUGGAGGAAAACUAAUUCCAUAGCUAGUGUAGAAGCUGUUAUGAUAGACAAAUAAAAUCUAUUGUUUGAUAAGCAAAAAGAAAGUCUGCUUAGUAAUUUGUGAAAGGUGUUUCCUCUUUGCAAACUACUAAAUAUGUAGAAGUAAUACCCUUGAAUUUGCAUUUUUAAACAUUCAAAUUUGGAAAGUCUAACACUACUCUAGUAACAACCUUUAUUCUACCACAAUAUGGAAGAAAUCUCUGUUUAACAUACAUGAUACAGUCUAUAACACACACAUGCACUUGUAGAAAAGUAAUGUUUAUCCACGUCAACAUUAUGCUAAAUAAAUGGAGAAAAAGUUACUUGAAUAAUUUUGUACAGACAUAAUUAAUGCAGACAGCCCUAUUUGUCCACUAUUUCAGAAAUAGGUUCAGUAACACUCUUAACUGCAGUUUUGUUUAACCCUAAAGCAGAAGAGGUACUGAAUGGCAACCAAACUUAUGCUCUACCACCUCUGUGACAGGACAACAGUGUCUUUAGUAAGAAAGCUGUAAACUCAGGUUCUGAAAAUCAAGUAAUUUUUGCCUUAGUUUUUUUCUGGCCUCAAAGUAUGAAAGUGUUUUGUGGGGUUUUUUUGGAUUGUUUUUUUUUCUGCAAGUAUAGUCAAGUUCACUGUUCAAAAUUUUAGUUUGUCUAGACUUGCUUUGUCUCAGAUCUGAAGGAGGGUUACAAGCAACUUAAAAUAAGCAAACUCUUAACUUACUAUAAAACAGUUUAAUUAGUGUAAAAUAGAGAGAGGCAUUCACCAAGAAAAAACUUCCUGAACAGAGCAGUUUACAGCUACAGUUAAGACAAGCAAUAAGAAAAUGAGUCAAAUAUAGAAUGCUGGCACAGAAAUACAAAGUGGUCAGAAAUAUGUGUUGGCUGAUGUGUUUCUAAGAGGUGGUGAAUAAGCCUGGCUUCCUUGAAGAGUUUGAGAAAAACAUUAUGGGAAUGUGGGAAAGAGUUCAGGCUUGAGGGACUGGCAAAAGAAAUACAAAAAUAACACAAGCAUGUUCAUUAGACUGGAAGUAUGUUUAGUGUGGUCUGACAGGGCAAGAGUCUAAGAGUAAAACGUGGAAGUGUCAGUAAUUCUGAAUUUGAGAAAAAUAGUGUAUUUUCAGCAAAACAAAAUAAAUAGAAUUGUACAAGGAGGAAAAAUAGUUUUGAACUGUGAAAAUGCACUGUACAGUGGUUACAAAAGAUAAGAGGAAGAAUUUGACAAAAGAUGAAAAAUUCCUGUAUUUUAUAUAAUGACUAGAGAGUCACAGCACUCUAGGAUAAUCAGCAGCAAAUCCUGUUCUAAUUUGCAUAUAUUUAGCAUAUCAUCAGCAGCAGCUUAUUGUGCAAGAGUUGCUUGUCCAUAGCACUAGGCAUUUAUUCUUUAGAUAGCAGAGGGAACCAAUUUAGAGGGGCUGUUUAAUGGACCCGCUUUAUUUCCAAAUUCCUGCCAAGAGAAGGCGAUGGUGAAAUGAGAGCUUCUGAUGCAGAACAGAAACAUGUUUAGUAACUCUCUGGAGAGGUUUAGGUGUCAUUGCCCCUUUCUGUCAAUGUUACCUUAAGAUUAAAAGUGAGGGGUUUUGCCAGGAGCCAAAAGCAUAGUGAAGAUUUACAGAAAUUAUUUUUACUGGAAAGUAUCAAGAUCAGAUUUUCCUAAAACAAAGUGAUGCAUUGGCCUGUACAUGGUGCACAAAGGGAGAAGCAAAACUAGUUGAGAUAAUUUUAAGUACCAUGAGACAGAAAAACUAAUGUUUCAGUUGCUGGACAUGAUGGAGUAUAUCCAAUGAUAAGCCCAGUUGCUCUACCAGCCAAACAGUCUGCUUUUUAACCCAAGCAAGUGUUGACCUUUCAGGAUCUGUGCGGAGGUUUGCCUUGCUGCACUCAGACUGCAAGGAACCAGCCUUACCAUUAUUUCUACAAAUGUUUUCACCAGAGCUGCCACCGUCCUCUUGUUUUCCAUCUUUAACUUCCUUGUGCUCUGUCCCAGCUGAAGCUGUGUGAUUAAGGUCCAUGUCCUCAACAGAGUCUAAAACAUGUCUAAGAUGUGGCUGUUCUUCAGUAGAAUUCAGAUACUUAAGCACAUCUUCUUCAUGCUUUCCAACCACAUCAAGAAGAUUAUUUAUCUUACUUAAAGCAGAAUCAUGUCCAUUAAAACGACACCAGGAUAAGAGAGCACUGAAAAGUGAACAAAACCAAAAGUGAUUAUAUGUAUCUACACAGACCUCCAAUUGGCAAAGGCAGAUAACAAUGUGCCAAGAUAUCAAUGCUAUAUAAGUGUACGUGUCAUUCACAUUUUAUGGAUAAUUCAAGCAGUAGACCUAAGUAUUAAGCUUCAAGAUGAAGAUUCAGUUAAUUUUGGAAGAGCAACUGAAGGAGGUUUUUCAAGAAUGAUUACUCUACACCCAGGUAGGCAGUUCCCUGUAUUCAAGAUCCGAGAAUUCUCAGGUUCCUCACUUUGGGCAGUUUUACAAUGCACUUGAUUUUUUAAAUAAAAACAAACAAAAAGUUGCAUGCAUGUUCCUUCAUACACACUCUCCACAUGCACUUGACCUUAAGGAGUUUGUAACCUACUUCAGGGUUCCUUUGAACUGGCCACAUGUAAUCAUCAGCUCGGCACCAUGUCUGUAGCCUUGAUUAAAGCCUUUCUGGAGUGCAAGUUCUUUCCCAGCCUCAACUCCAUCCCUAUAGCCUUCCUAUAAUAAGAGCAGUGAAACAGGUUGUUCACAAGAUGACAAAUUGGACCUAUGACAAAUGCAUAACAAUAAAAAAAGUUUAAACAUGUAUUCAAUCUCUUAAAUUACAGCUUCUAGAUUUGAACAUCCCUCACAGCUACACACCCAUUGCCAAACCAAAACAUGCUUUUUUCAGUGCAUUAUGAUUUACUGACUGUAAGGUCCAGUUCUUUUUCAGAAGUAUCCCCAGAAGAUCAAAAAAUAGGGAAAGUAUUGAUGCCUUAAGCCCCUAAUGGUCUUUUUUAUUUUUCUAAUAUUUGUAAGACUGGUAAGAA